AUGCAAAUGUCCAUUUCUCUCAGUCCAUAUCCAGUAGAUCGAAGCUUGCCAGGCCACUACAUAGUAGGCAAAGAUGAUCUGUUGAGAGUCCCCAUCCAAUUAUCUGAUCCUUUGUGGGACAUCUAUUCAAGACGAACAACCAAGCUAAGAAGUUGUGUUUCGGAUGCCUCCGACAUUCCAAAUAACCUUAUCCCAAGACUUGAAAGUGUAGCUGUCUUUGAGAUGCCCAGUCUACGAUACCCGUUCCCUUGUAGCCACCACCAAUCCUUAUGCGGUUUUGUUGACCAAAAGUUAUUCAGAUCACCCUUUAGCACCUCACUCUUAUACCAAGCUACCCAAACAGAACCCGCUUGGAAGAAAAGAAGCCAAAUUAGCUUGAGGCAACACGCUCUGUUCCAGGUAAGUGAGUGUGGACGCAAAGCUUCCGGCCUGAAUCCAAGCCUCAAGCAACACACUGUGAAAGUCUGGAUGUUUGGAUUUGGUUCAAAUCACCGCCUAUCAUCCAUGGUUCAUUGUAAAGAGAGAGAGACUGCUGAAGGCCCAAAAGUUUCACCCAAAGGUCAGACGUGGAUUGCAGCAGGGUUUCUCCAGAUGAUAAUGAUACGACCAUCUUCAUCCGACAGGCGGGGGACUAUAGGGUGGGAACAGCUUUCGGAGGAGGAGGCAGCUGCAAGCAAUUACGGACUAUGUGGCCUAACUCUUUGCAAUGAGAACAAGAGGGAGGAAGCCACGGGUAAUCCACAAGGACUUCAACAAAUUCACCGCUUUGCCUCCCAAACUCAACUACACGCGGGAGUUCCUUGGUCUAAGGAAACCCCAGUGAUAUGGGCCCAAAUUUGUAUCGACUCAAGCGGAGGAGCAGCAGGGGAGUGAGAAGACGUCCACUAAGCUACAUGGAACAUGGAGUCUCCAAUAUGCCAAAGACACUUCUCUAAUAUCUUUGUUCUCAGUAGGGAGGUGGUCUUCCAUUAAAAUAGUAGACGAUGAAGUCUCUGUGCAGUUCCUCACCUCGCUGGAAGACUUCAUCAGGGAUGAUAACCCUGGGUCUACCAGUGUCGGAGAAGGUAAUUGGAGCAAGACGACGCAAAGAUCUAUCUUCAAACGUCCUUGUUCUUUCAGCCAAAGUAGGACCAUUGGCAGUUUGGUUUUCCACAGGAACAGUAGGUUGUUGAGCACGUGAUUGCUGAACAGGUUGAGGGACUUGGGCUUUAGUAGCAGCAGUCGGGAUAGAGGAAGCUGUGUUAAGAGCUUUGUUGGUCUGAAGAGGGGAGGUGGAUCUAGGUUUCAGAACAGUAAAGUUUUCAGGAACAGUAACAUUUUCAGAUCUAGUUUUUGGGAAACUAGGUUCAGCAGCCUCAGGGGAGGUAGUAUGCAACUGAGUCAUCUCGACAUCAGUAGUUUCUGUGUUAGAGCAUAUCUUGUCACCAGUCUUACCCACAGGCGCCUUGAGAGGAGUAGUACGCGGGAAGGAAGAAGUUUUUUGGGAAAGUGGUGAGGAUAGGGGUGGGAACUGGGAUAAAGGAAAAGAGGCUAAAGGAUCAGGAGGGUCGAGAGGAACAAGGGGAGGGGGGAGUAGACUAUCACCAGCGGUGAGAGGCAGAGGAUUCAGGUCGGAAGCAUGACCAUGAGAGAACCAGGGGUUCUGCAUUAGGAGUCGUGCCUGAGAGCUUUACAACUCGUAUAAUUUUUACACAGUCAUUACAUACGAGAUAUCUACUUAAUCAUAAGAUUUUGGGUUCCAACUUCCAAGCACAUAAUUUUCGAGGUAAUUUAGGGGAAAAUUUUUUAUACUUUAAGUUUAUGACCUUAAUUGUAAUAAAAAGUUUCAAAUUAGUUAACUAUUUUGAUCUCAGAACUAUGCCGUUGAAUGUGAAUAGAUUUGGAUUUCUUCUAUCGAUUCUCCUUUUAUCUAGAGUUUGCUCUACUUUCCUAAUGUAUGUCAAAUAUCCACAUUAUUACCUUUAUUUUACACAGGGUUAUCAUCCCUGAUGAAGUCUUCCAGCG